GCGGCUUUCAGCCAUAUGAUUUUCUGCGAAAAGCCAUCAAUGCACUGAUGCAGAUCCCAUGUGGCUUUAAUUUAUCAUACGCAUCUAUAUGCCAGAUGUAGUUGGGUCCUGCGGCAAAACACUGUCUACUGCUGAGUCUUCUGGAACGACGAAUGGCCGAUGCAUCAGGGUCCAAGGCUGAAAGAAUAAUACGAACAUCUUACCUAGUACGAUGUUCGUACCUAGUACAGGCGUGCAAAAUCGCAUGGUAAAUCGCAUGAUAAACCGCAUGUCAAAUCAACUACUAACAACUAACCCGACUCCCCCUGAAAUUAACACUGUACCUAUAUGUAUGGUGGUGCGGCCCCGCUCUGUCUCGAGGUGUAAAACCCACAGGCAAGCGCCGCGACCAGUAUGUCCAACUCUGGCGAUCCCACUGAUCGCCUCAGAGCUGAGUGUUAACCAGACUCCCUCUGAAAAUAACGCUGUACCUAUAUGUACGGUGGUGCGGCCUCGCGCUGUCCCGAGGUGUAAAACCCGCAGACGAGGGCCGCAUCCAGUAUGUCGAAACCGCGGUAUCCCCUUGACCGCUUCAGAGCUGAGUGUUAACCGGACUCCCUCUGAAAAUAAUAAAAAGGAAGCACUCAGAAUAGGGUUCAUGAACAUAAGGUCGCUUUCAGCGAAGGCGCUCUUGGUCCAUGAUCUAAUCAUUGAUAAAAAGAUCGACAUACUGGGGCUUUGUGAAACCUGGUUAAAACCAGAUGAGUUUCUAGCCUUAAACGAAGCUACUCCACCCCAUUACGUUAGCACCCAAGUAUCUAGAGAAGUUAAGAAAGGUGGUGGAGUAGCCCUGAUAUCUAAUUCUAAGCUUAAUUUAAAGCCAAAGAAUAGAUAUAUUUUCAGAUCCUUUGAGGUGCUAGCGCUUUGCACCUCAGCUCCUCGAGAAGCAAAACGAGUUCCAGACUCUUUUGUUUUAGCUGUAGUAUACCGUCCCCCAGGACCGUAUUCAGUUUUUCUGGAUGAGUUUUCUGACUUUGCAGCUGAUUUGGCUACAUACUCAGACAAUAUUUUGCUUAUUGGGGAUUUCAACAUUCAUGUGAAUAACCCAUCUGAUGCCCUUGCAAGGGCUUUUCUGUCCAUUACAGAUACGCUUGGCUUCAAACAGCUCGUCCAGCACCCAACCCACAUCGGUGGAAACACGCUGGAUCUCGUUCUGACCCGCGGUGUUGACAUUUCACAGCUAGUGGUCUCUUCCUACACCUCAGCUUUAUCAGACCACUUUUUGCUCACU